AGGCUGUACUUAGCAGGUCUCCGGAAGUUGCGGGAUGGGCUGUGAAGCGGUCAAGUCUUGCCGCCUUCAGUCCCUAGUCUCUGGGCCCCCGCCCUCCAGCCGCCUUUGAGUCGUGCCUGGGUCCUCACCCAUGCCUCAGAACCGUGAAGAAAGGAAGCUCGCGUGUUUGCUAGAAAACCUAGUUGGGAGUGCGAGGCAGAGAACGUUCAGCACCCUUGUUCCUCCCGAACCCCCGGGACAGAGGCAGGGCUCUGAGGGCAGGGAUUCCCCUUCGUCUUGGCCCCACAGCCCAGGCUGGGCACUAAACUCGGGCCGCGGCGGGGCGAGCGAGGCGAGCUUCGGAGGAAGCUGAUGCCUGAUGAUGGCUCAGAACAACAUGCUCCCCGUGGCUGAUGUGUUGAGUCAAGAUGAACUGCGCAAAAAGCUAUACCAGACGUUUAAGGAUCGGGGUAUACUGGACACACUCAAGACACAACUUCGAAACCAGCUAAUUCAUGAGUUGAUGCACCCUGUAUUGAGUGGAGAACUGCAACCUCGGUCCAUUUCAGUAGAAGGGAGCUCCCUCUUAAUAGGCGCCUCUAACUCUCUAGUGGCAGAUCACUUACAAAGAUGUGGCUAUGAAUAUUCACUUUCUGUUUUCUUUCCAGAAAGUGGUUUGGCAAAAGAAAAGGUAUUUACUAUGCAGGAUCUAUUACAACUCAUUAAAAUCAACCCUACUUCCAGUCUCUACAAAUCACUGGUUUCAGGAUCUGAUAAAGAAAAUCAAAAAGGUUUUCUUAUGCAUUUUUUAAAAGAAUUGGCAGAAUAUCAUCAAGCUAAAGAAAGUUGCAAUAUGGAAACUCAGACAAGUUCGACACUUAGCAGAGAUUCUCUGGCUGAGAAGCUUCAGCUUAUUGAUGAUCAGUUUGCAGAUGCUUACCCUCAGCGUAUCAAGUUCGAAUCUUUAGAAAUAAAGCUAAAUGAAUAUAAGAGAGAAAUAGAAGAGCAACUUCGGGCAGAAAUGUGUCAAAAGUUGAAGUUUUUUAAAGAUACCGAGAUAGCAAAAAUUAAAAUGGAAGCGAAAAAAAAGUAUGAGAAGGAAUUAGCCAUGUUCCAGAAUGAUUUUGAGAAAGCCUGUCAAGCAAAAUCUGAAGCCCUCGUUCUUCGGGAAAAGAGUACCCUUGAAAGAAUUCAAAAGCACCAAGAGGUGAUUGAAACAAAAGAAAUUUAUGCUCAAAGGCAGCUUUUACUAAAAGAUAUGGAUUUGCUAAGAGGAAGAGAAGCAGAGCUGAAGCAAAGAGUUGAAGCUUUUGAAUUGAACCAGAAGCUCCAGGAAGAAAAACAUAAAAGCAUAACUGAGGCACUUAGGAGACGGGAGCAGAAUAUAAAGAAUUUUGAGGAGACCUAUGACCGAAAGCUCAAGAAUGAACUUCUAAAGUAUCAACUUGAACUGAAGGAUGACUACAUCAUUAGAACUAAUCGACUGAUUGAAGAUGAAAGGAAGAAUAAAGAAAAAGCUGUUCAUUUGCAAGAGGAGCUCACAGCUAUUAAUUCAAAAAAGGAGGAACUCAAUCAAUCUGUAAAUCGUGUGAAAGAACUUGAGCUUGAAUUAGAGUCUGUCAAAGCACAGUCUUUGGCAAUAACAAAACAAAACCAUAUGCUGAAUGAAAAGGUUAAAGAGAUGAGUGAUUAUUCACUACUAAAAGAAGAGAAACUGGAGCUUCUGGCACAAAAUAAAUUACUUAAACAACAACUGGAAGAGAGUAGAAAUGAAAACUUGCAUCUCCUAAACCGCCUAGCUCAGCCAGCUCCUGAACUUGCAGUCUUUCAGAAAGAACUACGGAAAGCUGAAAAGGCUAUAGUGGUUGAGCAUGAGGAGUUCGAAAGCCGCAGGCAAGCUCUGCAUAAACAACUGCAAGAUGAAAUUGAGCAUUCUGCACAGCUGAAGGCCCAGAUUCUGGGUUACAAAGCUUCUGUAAAGAGGUUAACUACUCAGGUUGCCGAUUUAAAAUUGCAACUGAAACAAACUCAGACAGCCCUAGAGAAUGAAGUGUACUGCAAUCCAAAGCAGUCUGUGAUCGAUCGUUCUGUCAAUGGAUUAAUAAAUGGCAACAUGGUGCCUCUCAAUGAUGAGAUAAGUGGGGAUUUCUUGAACAGUCCUUUUAAACAUGAAAAAGUUCUAGCACGUAUGGUUGCAUCAAGGAUCACAAAUUAUCCAAAUGCAUGGGUGGAGGGUAGUUCCCCUGAUUCUGACCUUGAGUUUGUAGCCAAUACUAAGGCAAGGGUCAAAGAGCUUCAGCAAGAGGCUGAACGCUUGGAAAAGGCUUUCAGAAGUUACCAUCGGAGAGUCAUUAAAAACUCUGCCAAAAGCCCACUAGCAGCAAAGAGCCCACCAUCUCUGCACUUGCUGGAAGCCUUCAAAAACAUUACUUCGAGUUCCCCGGAAAGACAUAUCUUUGGAGAGGACAGAGUUGUCUGUGAGCAGCCUCAAGUGGGCACACUUAAAGAAGAAAGGAAUGACGUCUUGGAAGCACUGACAGGCAGUGCAGCCUCGAGGCUCCACGGGGGCACUUCCUCCAGACGCCUCUCUUCCACACCCCUUCCAAAAGCAAAAAGAAGCCUCGAAAGUGAAAUGUAUCUAGAAGGUCUGAGCAGAUCACACGUUGUUUCCCCCAGUCCUUGUCCUGACAGAAUGCCCCUACCAUCACCCACUGAGUCUAGGCACAGCCUCUCCAUCCCUCCCGUCUCCAGCCCUACGGAGCAGAAAGUGGGCCUUUAUCAAAGACAAACUGAACUUCAGGACAAAAGUGAAUUUUCAGAUGUGGACAAGCUAGCUUUUAAGGAUAAUGAGGAAUUUGAAUCAUCUUUUGAAUCUGCAGGGAACGGGCCAAGGCAGUUGGAAAUGGAUGGGCUCUUUCCUGCUGGGGAUAUGCCUCAUGUGGAUGCUGCUGCAGCUGCUGUGCCCCUCUCAUAUCAGCACCCAAGUGUAGAUCAGAAACAAAUUGAAGAACAAAAGGAAGAAGAAAAAAUACGGGAACAGCAAGUGAAAGAACGAAGGCAGAGAGAAGAAAGAAGGCAGAGUAAUCUACAAGAAGUUUUAGAAAGGGAACGAAGAGAACUAGAAAAACUGUAUCAGGAAAGGAGGAUGAUUGAAGAAUCACUGAAGAUUGAAAUAGAAAAUGAAUUAGAAAUGGAAAAUGAAUUAGAAAUGAGUAAUCAAGAAAUGAAAGACAAAUCUGCUCACAGUGAAAACCCUUUAGAGAAAUACAUGAAAAUCAUCCAGCAGGAGCAAGACCAGCAGUCAGCAGAUAAGAGCUCAAAAAAGAUGGUCCAAGAAGGCUCCCUAGUGGACACGCUGCAAUCUAGUGACAAAGUUGAAAGUUUAACAGGCUUUUCUCAUGAAGAACCAGAUGACUCUUGGUAACCAUGUUUGCUGCCCAGCUUCUAACUUACAUACCAUGAGAAGUUACAUAACAUUUACUCCUUUGUAAAUGUUUCUCUAUCAUCAGACAAAACUCAAUAAAAAUGUGUGUAAUCCAGUGUGGGUUUUUUUUUUUUUUUUUUUUUCAUAAUUUUGAUACCACAGUGUGUGAACCGAGAAUAAUCUAGUCACGUGAAACCUCUUCUCCAGUCAUAGUAUUUCUCAUUCAUUAUAAUAAAAGGAACUGGCUUUUAA